UUUCUCACUGUCCUUUUACUAUCAUAGAACCAGGCCAUAAAAUCUUCAAAAUUCAAUUUAUCUUCAUCUUUGUCAAAAAAAAAAAUCCCCAAAUUUAUCGAAAACAUUAGGGUUUCAAAAUGAUGGGACACGAUCAAUAUUCAACUGACGAAGAAUCUCAUUCACAAAUGGAGAACUUAAAUCUACACGAUCAUAUUCCUUCUCCUACUCAAUCCUCUACCUUAAAUGGCGCUUUUCAAUCACCGCCGGAAAUCUCAACCACAGCUAUUGAUGAAGCAUCUGUCGAAACCCUAGCUCAGUUGAACCACAAUCACCAAAGCCCUAGUUCUUCAAUAAAUUCAUUUCUUGAUCCUCCAUCUUAUGCCGACGCAAUGUUUCGAUCUUUCGACGCAGAUGUGGAAUUUUCUGGAGAAAUUAAUGGUUUUGAUCGGAGUGAUUCGUCGGGUUUGGAGUCGGAGUAUAUCUACAUUUCGGUUUCGGAUCCCCAGAAAGUUCCAGAACCUUCGAAUUCACUUGUUCCAGGUAGCGGUUCUUACUAUACUUACCUGAUUACAACUAGAACGAAUUUGCCGGAAUUCGAAGUUACUGAAUUCAGUGUUAGAAGAAGAUUUCGAGAGGUGGUUACACUUGCCGAGCGAUUAUCUGAUGCUUUUCGAGGUUAUUUCAUUCCCUUAAGGCCGGAUAAGAGUAUAAUGGAUAGUCAAAUGAUGCAAAAGAAUGAAUUUGUUGAGCAAAGGAGAGUUGCUAUAGAAAAAUAUUUAAAAAAAUUGGCUAAUCAUCCUGUGAUUCGAAAAAGCGACGAGUUUAAGGUGUUUUUGCAGGUGGAAGGGAAGCUUCCGCUUGUUAAGACAACGGAUGUUGCAUCGAGGAUGCUUGAUGGUAUAGUUAAGUUGCCAGGCCAGCUGAUUGGGGAGUCAGCCAUUACGCCGGAGGAAGUUGUUCAGCCGGCGAAAAGUGGGAGGGAUUUGUUUAGGCUGUUUAAGGAGUUGAGACAGGCAGUGGCGAAUGAUUGGGCCGGUACGAAACCAGCUGUUGUUGAGGAAGAUAAGGAGUUUUUGGAGAAGAAGCAGAAACUUAAUGAUCUUGAAAUGCAACUUAGCAGUGUGUCUCAAGAGGCUGAAACAUUAGUGAAAGCACAGCAAGAUAUCGGUGAGACAAUGGGGGCGUUGGGUUUGGCAUUUGUUAAGUUGACAAAGUUUGAGUUUGAGGAUGCAAAGUACGAGUGCCAAAGAACGCGAGCAGUUGAUAUGAAGAGUAUGGCGACGGCUGCUGUUAAAGCAAGUAGACUAUAUCGAGAAUUGAAUUCGCAGACUGUUAAGCAUUUGGAUAAACUUCAUGACUAUCUAGGAAUGAUGCUGGCUGUUGACAAUGCUUUUACUGACCGCUCAAAUGCAUUGUUAACUGUCCAAACUCUUGUAUCGGAGCUUUCUUCUUUAGAGUCAAGAGUUGAAAAAUUGGAGGUUGCUUCGUCCAAAAUUUUUGGUGGUGACAGGUCAAGAAUGCGCAAAAUUGAAGAAUUAAAAGAAACAAUAAAAGCAACUGAGGAUGCUAAAUGUUGCGCAACUAAGGAGUACGAAAGAAUCAAGGAAAAUAAUCGAAGUGAGCUUGCUAGAUUAGACAGAGAAAGACGUGCAGACUUUUUGAGCAUGCUGAAGGGGUUUGUUGUGAAUCAGGCAGGAUAUGCAGAAAAGGUGGCUAGUGUUUGGGAAAAGGUUGCAGAUGAAACUAAAGGCUACGAAAAUUGUGUUAGUUGAUGUAUAUAAUUGUACAAGUUUUUCCUUCAUUUUCUUUUUAUUUACUGUAACUAUUUUCGGUCUGUUCUCGUUGUUUGAUUUUAUGUACAAUUUUUGGGCACAAGUACAAUAAAUAUUCCUCUUCAAUUAGCUUAAGUUGUACAUAUACGAUAAUACGAAGGUUUCUGAGAUAUGAAUGUGUCGAGAGUUUAGACCAAAA